GAGUUUGUAUGCUGACUAGCAACCACUUUCAACAUUUCUGCAAAGCUAGAGAAGGGUUCCCAGUGCCGGUUCCGACACUCUGAAGAGGCCCUUGGCAGUGACACUGUGUGCUCAUUAUGGAGAGAGGGAAAAUGUUUAGAUCCGCUUUGCAGAUUUAGACACAUGGAAAUGCAGCAAAACUGCAGCAUUUCCUGCUUCUGGGAAACUCAGCCUCUUGGUUGUGUGAAGAUCAGUUGUAUCUUUUAUCACAGCAAACCUCGAAAUAUUAAUGGACUAUUUUUGCCACCAAGUAGCAAUAUCACACUACAGAAAGAAACUCAAGAAGGAAUUCCACCCCCAACCCAGAGCCAGGAACCUCUGAAACCUCAGGAAAGUAUAUCACGACCCAUUCACCAUCCUUUAGUUUUAAAAACUAACUUUGAGGAAGAAGAGGAUGAAGAAGAUGAACAAAAUGAUGCUUCUAGUUUAUGGACAAAGACACCUGAAGAAAUUGAAGAAAAAAGAGCAAUAAAGGAGAUGUGUUAUAAAUCUGGUGAAUACUACAGAUUUCAUAUUCCUCCAGAUACUUCAUCGUCAAAGAGCGUAGCUACUACAGUGGAAAAAGAGUUAGAAAAGCCUUUGGAAAAUGGCAGUGAAUUACAAGAAGGGGAUGGUCUUACGGUUCCAACAAAAUUUAGCCUAAUUGAACGGCAAGGUGAGAUAAAAGCAUCGUUGGAUGGGAAACCAAGGACUGACAUUGCUGCUUUUGAAAAUGGAGAUAACAAGGACAAUCCUCAUCCAAAGCGUUCCCUAACUACCCGACUAGUACCUACAACGCAUGUAUUAAAUGCUACUGAGAAUAUCACUAUGAAGUGCAGAGAGGACCCCUCUUCAAGUGAGACAUUAGCUCUAUCGCUUUUUGGCCUUAGAUAUAUUUGUCUUAUUAUGGAUUUGAUUGCUUGUUUGAAAUACAAAUAUAUGUCGGCAUCUUAUAAUGGUUCAGCCUGGCGAAAAAGAAUUCCUUUUUCAAAAACCUCUUCAAAAACUGAAAAGAUAUAUACAGAGCCAAGAAGAAAUGGGAGCAAGUGA